AAAAGCCAACCAACCCAUUUCACAAUCUCCUCAUUGAACUCUCUCUCUCUCUCUCUCUCUCUCUCUCUCUACCCCUAUCUCUUUCUCACUACCUCUUCGAAAAGGGUCUUUGCCUUUUCGGGUCACCAUUUUUUCCCCACCUCUAGCAAACCAGCAACAAAAACAUGAAGCAAAAGGUGGUCAUCAAGGUGUCUCUAAACGACCAGAAAUCCAGAACCAAAGCAAUCAAAACUGCAGUUGGUGUUGAUGGGGUAAUACAAGCAGCUCUUCAGACGGAGAAGAAUCAAAUAGAGGUAACAGGGAAUGAUUUAGAUGUGGUAUUGCUCACCACUUUGCUGAGGAAAAGCCUGAAAUAUGCAGGGGUUGUGAGUGUUAGCGUUGUGGAAGAUAAAAAGGAAGAGAAGAAGGACGAGAAGAAAGACGAUCCACCAAAGCUAGUUUGGACACCAUAUGCUGGUGGUGUGCCUCUUAAUGUUAUAUAUGAUCCACACCACAACCCAUACCAGUACCAAUACCAACAAGACCCGUCUUGCUCCAUCAUGUAAAUUCUAUUAUAGAAAAAUAUAGAAGAUAGAGGAAAAAUUCAAAUCGAUGUACGGAGCAAUCAUUUCAUACCACGUAGCUUCUUCUUUAAAUGUGUGUGGUUUUCACAGUUUGCAUUAUUGGGUUCAAAAAGAGUGAUGAUAAUUUUUGAUAGGGAAAAAAAAAAAAAAAAUCUAUUUUGUUAUAUAUAAAGAUAAAUUACCACUUUUAGUUCAA